AUGGAAGCAAGUGUAAAACCCGAAACCUCUCCUCCUCCUCAUUCUCUACGCAGCUGCAAAUAUCGCACCGAUAUUUAUCCCGUUGAGACCACCCACGCACGUAAGACAGCACAAGGGGAUGAGGAUCUUGGCGCAGUCCGAAUGAAGCCAGAAGUCGCAAUCUCCACAGACGUAGAAGUGGGCCCACUCCUUGCGGGUGCUGUGCUGGGACCUGCACGCGCUGCACCAGCAGGAGGAGAAGUUGGUCCCCCUAACAGCUGUCAGCUUGUGCUCAUGGCUCCUGUGCAUCACCUUGACCGACAGCGCGCACACGAGGUCCAGCUUGAAUCCACACCCACGAUCCGGACACUCGUACAAGGCGGCCCCGCGCAUCAAACCGCACCUGCUGCAACCAUCCAAAUCACUCUUCAAUGGAUUAUUAUUAAUAUUGCAAUGACAGAGGAUUAG